CCUGAACUGAAGCGAACUCCGGAGCGAACUGAGGAGAAGUGAGGAGGCGGCGGCGGGGCUGAGACUCACCAGCCACAGGCAGCGGCGGCGGCAGCGGGAGGGCGGGCGGGCGGCGGAGAGGAGGACACGCCAGGCGCAGCGCGGCGGCAACAACAGCGGCGGCAGCAGCGGGGAGACACCGGCGGCGGCUCCUCGGAAGCGGCCCCCGCUCCAGCCCGCCCUGCUCGUCCCCUCCCUCCCCCGCCGCGGAGACAGGGGGCAGCGCCGAGAGGAGAAGCCGGGCUCAGCGUGUGUGUGCGCGGGAGGCGGCGGCGGCGGAGGGGGGACGCACCGAGGACUGCACCGGCCGAGGGCGCACGGAGCGGGGGAGCGGCGGCACCAAGAAACGGCGGCGGCGGGUCCUUGUGCCCGGGGAGGAGGGCGCAGCCCGCACAGGGGUUUCUACCGAGUUUCCUCUUUUUUUUCGGUCCCUCGGACUCGGCGGCGGGUCUGCGUUUGUCUCUGGAUUUGAAUCCUCCUCCUUCUCCUCCUUCCUCGGGGAAGCUCCCCUCCCCGCCCCCUCCCCUCCCCCACCGCCUCCCUGCCCGCCCGGAGCCAGCCGGGCGCCCCGUGCCGUGGUCGCGUUGCUCGGCGGAGCUGCUGCGGGCGCUCGCCGUCUCUGCGCGGGCUUGAAAUAUGGUUGGGGAAAUGGAAACCAAGGAGAAGCCGAAGCCGAGCCCCGAUUACCUGAUGCAGCUGAUGAACGACAAGAAGCUGAUGAGCAGCCUCCCCAACUUCUGCGGGAUCUUCAACCACCUCGAGCGGCUGCUGGACGAAGAAAUUAGCAGAGUACGGAAAGACAUGUAUAACGACACAUUAAAUGGUAGUACGGAGAAGAGAAGUGCAGAAUUACCAGAUGCUGUGGGACCUAUUGUACAGUUACAAGAGAAACUAUAUGUGCCUGUAAAAGAAUAUCCAGAUUUUAACUUUGUUGGAAGAAUCCUUGGGCCCAGAGGACUAACAGCUAAACAGCUUGAGGCAGAAACAGGAUGCAAGAUAAUGGUCCGAGGGAAGGGCUCAAUGAGGGACAAAAAGAAGGUCUCCUUUAAGAGCAGAGACAACCAUGAUUCAGCAGUUUUGGAGGUAGAGGAAGAACAGAACCGAGGCAAGCCCAAUUGGGAACACCUGAAUGAGGAUUUACAUGUACUUAUCACUGUGGAGGAUGCCCAGAACAGAGCAGAAAUAAAACUGAAGAGGGCUGUUGAAGAAGUAAAAAAGUUACUGAUACCUGCAGCAGAAGGAGAAGACAGCCUUAAAAAGAUGCAGCUGAUGGAGCUUGCAAUUCUGAAUGGCACCUACAGAGAUGCCAACAUCAAAUCACCAGCCCUUGCCUUUUCUCUUGCAGCAACAGCCCAGGCUCCAAGGAUUAUUACUGGGCCUGCGCCUGUUCUCCCACCAGCUGCCCUGCGUACUCCUACGCCAGCUGGCCCUACCAUAAUGCCUUUGAUCAGACAAAUACAGACCGCUGUCAUGCCAAACGGAACUCCUCAUCCCACCGCUGCAAUAGUUCCACCUGGACCCGAAGCUGGUUUAAUUUACACACCAUAUGAAUACCCCUACACGCUGGCACCAGCUACAUCAAUCCUUGAGUAUCCUAUUGAACCUAGUGGUGUAUUAGGUGCGGUGGCUACUAAAGUUCGAAGGCACGAUAUGCGUGUCCAUCCUUACCAAAGGAUUGUGACCGCAGACCGAGCCGCCACCGGCAACUAACCUAUGACCUUCUGACCUCUGAACUCUUCACCCAAUGAUGACCUGACCAUGCCUGCCUGCUGAUCAGUUAACUGGUAAACGCCUUUGCUUGCCUGUCUUCAGUGCAGCGAGCUGAGGCACUUGUCCGUUCGUCUUACCAUCUAACAAAACAGACAAAGAAAUUGUUGUCCUCCAACUCCGCUUUUUGUUGUUCUCCUGUUUGGGUGAAAGUGGUUCUAGAACCUGCACUGAAUAGUAGUAAAGCAAUAAGGUCCAACUCAUCCCUCCGCACUGAUCAUCCUCUAGUGUCCUGCCCCAAGCGAACGGUAAGGAGGCCUCGCACGAGAUGGAGACAGAUGUCCCUUAACUACCCAAUGACAGAGGCAGUUACUGUGAGAGACUUCUAGGAAUAUUUUUCUUCUCAAAAAAAAAAAAAAGAAAAAAGAACAAAAAAAGAUAAAAAAGAUAAAAAAGUCAAAGCUCUCUCUGAAUGUACUGUGUGAUGAUGCAUCAUGCAUGAACCUUUGGUCAGGGAUGUCAUUGGGGAAGGGAUUCCAAAAAGUAUUCAAAAUUUGAUACGCUGUUUAGUCACUACCAGUGCCCUCAAAGGGCAGAUGUUGCAGCCUUUUUUCUAUUGCCUGCCAAAUUGGAUGUUUUAAAGGAAAGUGUGCCAUGAAAUGCAGAUUACAAUGACUUUUCAGAACUACGUUAAUGCAGAGAACAAAACAGCAACAUUGUUAAAGGAAAAUCUGAGUUUAAAUUAUUUUAACCAUAUUUUAAUCUCCUCAGAAGAUUACAUGAGAACAAGGUACAUGCAUUAUGUGUCACAUUACUGGGCAAACUGUUCAAGUAUUUUUUUUAAACCUCCCUGUAUAGAAAAAAUUUCAUUAAGGAUGUAAAAGCCAUGCUUGCCUAUUUGCUGUAUACAUGUAAUGAAAUUGUAGAUAAAGUGUAGUGCAUUGAAACAAAAUGAACAAAAAAGUAGAUACUUUUACUAUACAAGGGUGCUGGUGCAGAAAAAAAAUAUAUUUUUGGAAAUGUAGCAUUUUAUACUUUCAAGUGUUAUAAAAAAAGAAAAAAAGAACAAAGAAACCCUUUAUUUCAUUAAAUGAUUUUUUUCUGGUGGUUGUCAAGAAACAAAAGACCAAAAGAGCCUUUUAGUCUUUCUUUUUUAUUUUUUAAGUAUUGGAAUAAGUCUAAAGAAAAGGAAGUGCCUUAUUUUCUUCAUGGUCAUUUAGUCAAAUGUCUUGUAUAAUCAGCUUCUCCCUCAGACAAGUUACUGCAUGCCACUCAGUCGCCCAGUAUGUGAAAGAAGCUGUGAGGAAAGACAAAUGAUGAGUUGACCAUAUUAAUUACCUGAUUUUUGCCAUAAUAGUGUGAUGUGACUUUGCCAAAAUUUCAUUAUGUAAAAUAUUUGCUAAGUUUUUGUCAAACCAGCCCAUCCUUAUUUCAGCCACUCUACUUUUUAAAUCAUAGCAAAUGCCGUACUUGUGCAAUGUAAACAAAAGGGUUCUGUGAUACAGACUGUCUCAAGCUAAAAGAGACUAUUAGCUGACAACUGUUUGUAGAGCUGGAAGUAUGUCAUUUCUGUUCAGGGAUGGAGAGGAGUUUUCUUGAUUUUGGUUGGAAUAUAUGUACAUAAAAUACACUAGCUUUCGGCAUCACCCAGAAAACUGAUGUUUUGCGGAUGAUGAAAGUGCUAAGCUGGUUUUCAGUUAUAGUCUGAGCGUGUCCCCAGUUUUUACAAGCAGCUCCUGCAGUGGCAAACAGCAUGCAACUUAUUUUUCAACUCUUCUUUGGCUAUUUUUAGAUCUGCCCACUGUCUUUCCUUCAUAAGAUAAGCAGGAGAGGGGCAUGAGCUAAUUGCUUGAAGCCCAGUUAUACUUUAUUUUAACCUUUAUUUCCACAUGAGAUUCAUAGAGCUGGGCAGUUGCAAGAGCUGAAGCUGUUGAACGCACAGUAUUUAAUUCUGAAAACAUGAAGUAUUACUUUGCAUGGGGCUCAGUAUGAAACUUGGCAAAUAUCAGGUGAUAACCAUAUUCCCCUCUUGUCAACUUACUCUCCUCCUGCAAAUCUUCACAGCUUCCAAAUGAAAGGUCAAUAGUAAGCUAAGAGGGCUUACAUUUUUAAGCACCUGCAUGGUGACCUCAUCUAACAUCUUGUCUCACCUGGAAAUAAUUAUCAGUUUAUUUACUAUGCAAUAGACAUUCAUCCUUUCGUAUUCAGCUAGCUUUUUGUUUAUUCUGCCACCAGCUUUGUCUUCCUGUUACACAUACAGUUGUGUUUAUUUUACUUACAGUAUAUGCUGUGCCAUUUUGAUUUUGUGUUGGUUGGUUGAAUAAACUUGCGACACUCGAACAUUUGAAAAGAGAUUUGCUAAAACAAUACCAGUAUUUGAUCCAGUUUCAUCUCAACUAUGAUAAAACCUGGACAUUUUAGAUGUUUAUCAAAGGUCUUUUACUAGGGGGGAGGGGAAGUGUAUGAAAUAGAUGUGUGACAUGUGAAAGUAAUGUUUGCUCUGAACAAACUUCUGAAAACUUAGUUGACAAAAUUUUGGAUCAACUUAAAAAAAAAAAAGCAUGACUUUUGAAAUCUCUGAAUGCCUUGGUUCUCAGUAUUAUCAUUCUUUAAUGACUUUUUCUUUAUUAAAAUAAGUAGUUUUAAGACUUCUUUCUGACAGUAUUAUGUAAUUUUUUUAGAGUGGGUAGAUGGGAGUGUCGCUUGUAUGUAACCGUACAAAUGACAUGUAUUUGUCUAUUCUUUAUUAUCUUAGUAGUUUCAUGCUAUGUAUGUACCAUAACCAACCUAUUGCCUAUGAGAAACAUGUAAGAUAAUGUAUUUACAGCCAUUGUUACAAGUUUAUAAUGUAUUUUUCUAUCUUGUUUUAUAUGUAUGUUAUAUAACAUUCAAAAGAAUUUUUUUCCUGAUUGAGAAAAAAAGGAUACAAAAAUGCAAAACCCACAAUUUUGAUAACUGAAAAAUUGCCAAUUGUUUUGCAGUACUUUAUUAUAUUGGGAGUGUUGUCUUUCUUGGGCUUUUAGUUAGCUACUGGAUGAAUACAUUAGACAUAUUUGGGUUUUAGUUGGGUUUUUACAUAGCUUGCAUUUUAAUUCUUUGGUUCUUUGCUGUUUCUAUUAACCCAUAGCAUUAUUUUAAUAAAUGUUAUAAUACCAACCUACUAACUCUGGACUAUGUCUGUUUAUUAACCAUUACAUGUUUAAUUAAAAUAAACAAAUAAAGACGGAAGAAUGUAAAGUCUUGAGUUACUGGACUAACCCUGAAGAACGUGACCACAGAUAACACAACGUGACUUGUUUUUAUGUUGUUUGUCGGCUGACAUUCUGCACACUACUUUUAAGUUGGCUUUGGUAAUUCUGGCCUUUUACCUUGGGGAAUAGGUGCCAGUAGAAAUGGGAACAAUGUAGCAUUUUUUGAGGCAUUCUUCUUGUAGAGUCUUGCCACUUGCCUUUCAGCAUCUGCAUUACUAAUUCCACACUUUCUUUUUUCUUUCUCUUAAAUAAUUACUCUUGGCUCACAGCAAAAGAGCAAAGAUGCCAGUGUAUUGGUAAAUUGUGAUGGUGUACAGAAACCAGUUUGAUUCUUUGUUGAACCAUUCAGAGGUUGCAGUUAAUCUCACAGGCAUUUGUAAUUGUUGGUUUUGGCACCUGAUUCACUGUUGCAUCAUGUGAUGUUUCUAAGCACAAAAUGCUUCUAGAUAUAAUCACCAUACAUUGAAAUACAAAAUGUGGGGGUUUUCCUUGCUGAAAGUCCCUUAUUUCCUUCAUGCCAUGCUAUUUUUAAGUACCUUUUCUUUUGUAUGUUUGUACUUCUGGUACAGUCAGUAUUGCCUAGCUCAGGGGAGUACAAUUUCUGUAAGCCAAAGGUCAAACUGGAUCAUUUCCUCAUGACUAUAGAAAAUGCAAAAACACACCUUUUGCUAAAUUGUCAAGCAACAGCCACUUCAAAUUCCAGGGCUGCCUUUAUGUGAUCUUUAUCCCUGUGGAUGAGUGUAGCAACAUGAGUGCAGGGAAUUGAAAUGGUGAAAAUGCUGUUUUGAAUGUGUACAACUAUGCAAAUAUUUUUACAGAAACAUUUCUCUUUUUUAAAACUUCUGCUGUCUGAGACUCUUUUACAUACCCUGGGUUGUCUUCCUGGAUUUGUCAUCUGAAGUGGACAGGAAUUACAGCCAAUGUUGAGGGAGAUCCUCAAUGUACAUCACUCUUCAGAUAUCAACAGUUUUUGUGAAAGCCUAGGGUUUUUUUUCUGUAGAGAGUAAAAUUCAGAAGAGGAGUCAUUGCAUCUGUUCAAAUGCCUUCUUUAAUUUAUCAUGUUUCAAACUACGUAUCUUAAAACCCAUGCAAUAUAAAAUAAGUUUUAAGUUCUUACAGUACUGAUAGUAAUCAAGAUAGAAUGCAUCUUUGUUUUAUGGAGGAAAAAUAAGUUUGCUCUGAUUAAGAUGUUUGUUAGUUUUUUAAUGGUGUAUAGUGCUUUGUUUUACAAAAAUAUAUAGGUACAGUUGAAAUAUCAGUGCAUUUAGAAUGGUUUCACUUGUACAGAAUUUUUUUUUAACAGAUCAUGAAUGUCCUGCUAUCCUAAAAGUCAGCCACAGGCAGAUAAAAAAAAUAAAAUAGACAUUUACAGUAGAUAGCGUCAGGACCUUAUGAUUGUGGCACAAAUGUCAUUUCAGAACCAGUGAUUUAUAUUCCUAAAGAAUUUUAUUAGCAACACACAUAUAAACUUGGUUAAGUACUCUCUCCAGUAUAGGUGAAACUAUUCAGAUGGGACAAAAGAUGAGUAUUUUAUAUUGAAGAAUUCCCAGAACUACUCCUUUUCUGUAAUGUUUUUAUUAUUUUAUAUUUUUAUUAGAUAUGAACUACUGUCAUAUGUUGUCCACAGUGCAUUUUCAUCUCAUUCUUCAUUAUGUGCAGUAGUGGAAGUUACUGUAAGUUUCAAAGUACUUUAAACUCUUUUUUUCAGUGAUGUCUAGUGAUAGGACAAGGAGCAAUGGAUGCAAACUGGAACAUAGGAGGUUCCAUGUAAACAUCAGAAAAAACUUCUUUACUGUGAGAGUGACAGACACUGGAACAGGCUGCCCAGAGAGGCUGUGGAGUCUCCUUCGCUGGAGACAUUCAAAACCCGCCUGGACAAGUUCCUGUGUGAUGUGCUCUAGGUGACCCUGCUCUGGCAGGGGGGUUGGACUGGAUGAUCUUUCGAGGUCCCUUCCAACCCCUAAGAUUCUGUGACACAAAAACAGGAAACCUCUAAAAUCAAAACUUUCUACUAAUUAUUGUUGUUCACCAAAUGCAUUUCUUGGUUUACCUAAGUGCCUUUCUGAAAACUUAACUAUUUUAUACUUUGCUUGCUUAUUGGAAAGUAACAAACUAUUUUUAGAACUGAAUCUGUAGGUUGUUCUUUAUUAUUAUUUUGGGGCUAAAUUGUCCUAACAUUUGAAAGAUCAUACAUUCAAGUCAAUGCUAAUGCUAGUAAUGCUGGUCCAGUAAAGUGGGAUUUAUUUUAGGGCAAAUUGUGGGUUUUUUUAUAGGUUAGAAUAUAAACAAAAAUGUUAUCAUAGAGCCUUUCAAAGUAAAAUCUAAACAAUACUAUUCACUUCAUAAGAGUGAACUGUUGUACCAAAGUACAACAAAUUUGCUUUCUCUGAGAAUAUUUUUGUGUGUGUAAUAUAAAUCCAGAGUAUAUGUCAUUAAGAGUCUUCAGGGGCAUCCUUCAAAUGUUUUAGAUGAACACGUUCAUUGUAUACUGACAAUAUUGUUAUUUUAUUUGAAGAUAUAUUUUAAAAGUAUGUCCAAAAUCUGCGUGUAACUAAUGGGUUAUUCCCAGAUUGUACUCUUUGACAGGGACCACUACAAAGUUUUCUGCCCUGAAAAUGCAGGGAAACAUUAAAGUGUGUUGCCAUCCAUUUAGAAAUCACUUUAGCUUGGGAAAAACAUACUUAUGAGUAUAUGAAACGUGGUUAUUUGUGUCUGGGUAAAAAUAGCAGUCAUUAAAAUAGCACAUUGUACAGAAUGGAAUCCAAGUAACAUUCCUUGGGUUGAAAGUACGUAACUUUAUUGGAAUUUCUCUUUUGUUUUUAAUAUAGUUGAUUAUCUUUUUCUCAAACACUAUUAAUGGAAUACUAUCCAAAUAAUGCAUGAACCGUAACAUUAACACAUGGUAAUCAAUGUUGAAUCAAACUGGUUAACGAAAGUACAGUGCUCUUCCUUCUGUGUGCCUGUGCACUAAUUGCAGGUGGUAUGGUUCUGCAUAGGAAGGGAGUGCUGGGCAGAGCAGGUUGCAGCGCUGGUUUCUUGAUGCCAGCAGUUCGGAUGUCCGUCUUUGACCGCAGACUAACUGGGAGAAAUCUUGACUCCCAAGGUGGAAAGAUCUGAAACUCUUUGAAGAAUUAAUUGAGAAACAACAGAACAACAUUUAUACAUAUAUGCUUUGACUUGUAUUAUGGCAGUUUGUGUGAAACAUUUAAGGUUUUGUUUGUGCAAAAUAAUGUAUUCUGAGGGGAAAAACAAACAUGGACGUUGCCAAAACACAUGUAAAUAAAACACCAUUUAUGACUGUACAUUAUGUGCAAUAAAGUAACUGGAAAAAGUGCAUGUACUUUAUCCUCAAAAGCAAACUGACGGCUCUCAAAGCUGUAGCUGUAGUUUUAUUUUCUGAAAAGUUAAAUUUUAUUCUGUAUCUAAACAGCAGAAUAAAGAAUGUACAUUUUUCACACUUCAAUUUUCAUUAAUGUUAUGGAAGAUGUUACUUGUUGAAGAGGCUUACAAUUUCAUGGUCGUCUGUUUACCAGAGUUUUUUUUGUUUCAUAGCUUCUUACUGCAUAUGUUGUUGUUCUUGUCUGUAGCUGUAAAGGAAGCAACUGUGCAUUGGGUACUCUUAAGUGUGCAAUGCGUAUUUUGAUUAUAGGUACAUGGAUGCACUGAUUGCAUGAAUUUCUUCAAGGUGGCCAAGUGAUUUUGAUGCUAUUGUACUUCUGUUAGAAUUGUUUAGAGCAAGUGAGGAAAAGGAGUACUACUCUGUUGUGAAGCCUACCAGUGGUCUGGGGGGAGGUUCUGGUUACCGUAGAAAAUAAAGAUAAGAAAUCUGUCA